AUGGGCAACGCCAAGAGCGGGGCUCUGUCCCGGGAGGUGCUGGAGGAUCUCAAGACGAGCACUCGCUACACGGAGGAGGAGCUUUGCCGCUGGUACGAGAGUUUCCAGCGCCAGUGCCCCGACGGCCGCAUCAGCCGCGCCGAGUUCGAGAAAAUCUACGGCACCUUCUUCCCCAACUCGGACCCGCAGGGCUACGCCCGCCACGUUUUCCGCAGCUUCGACACCAACGACGACGGCACCUUGGAUUUCAGGGAAUACAUCAUAGCCCUGCACCUGACGUCGAGCGGGAAAACUCACCUGAAACUCGAGUGGGCGUUCUCGCUCUUCGAUGUGGAUCGCAACGGGGAGGUCAGCAAGAGCGAGGUGCUGGAGAUCAUCACGAGCGAGGUGCUGGAGAUCAUCACGGUGAGGAAAAUUGGGAAAUAA